GCGGGUCCCGCGUGGUCCUGCUGGUAGCUCGCUGAGCGCGUCCCUGGCGCCCCGUUCCUUCCCCGGGCACCCCUGGGGCCCAGGGCCAGCCGGGGUCCUCGUGUCCACAGCCCUGGGGCCGGCGACGGCUACUGUUUCGUCCGGCCGCCGGCCCGAUGGAAGAGCCUCCCGGGAAGCCCCUCAGCUGUGAGGAGAAGGAAAAGUUGAAGGAAAAAUUGGCAUUCUUGAAAAGGGAAUACAGCAAGACACUAGCCCGCCUCCAGCGUGCCCAAAGAGCUGAGAAGGUUAAGAAUGCUGUUCAGAAAACGGGGAAAGAACAAGAUUGCUUGGUUCAGCAGGACGCUUCACCACGGCUAAACCACUCAGAGCAUAAAACUAAAGUUUCUUCUUGUGACACAUUACCCAUCAACACCCAUCUCCAUGAAGAAACUGGAGAUGCUGAGCCUGAGUCUUUUAUCCCUGGACGUGGCCCAGUGGAAGGGUCAGACACACAAAGAGCCGAUGACAUCCACGACCGUUUUGCCUCCCGGCUCAGUGGCCCUGAUGGAGAGAAAAGGGAGAGUAAGUUGCCAGGAAGAAGAAAGAAGCAGCAGAAGAGAACUUUUAUUUCACCAGAGAGAGACUCUUUCUCUGAUACCAAUUCAUUCCUGCUCUCUGGGAAAAGCCUACAGGAACCAGAAGACAUCACUAGAGAAAAUCCUAGGAUGCCCGCCACUGAAGUAAGAGCCUACUUUUCAAGUCCUAAGUCUGCUAGUCCAGACUCACCAGUCACAGAAACUAAGGGACAGAGUGUAUUAACUCCACCAGCUGCUAGACCACAAAGCGGUAUCAAUCCGCCGGGAAAAGGAAGGCAUUUCCACAGUGCGACCCCACUUCUGCACGCCCCAUCAGAUAGCAGCAGCAACCAGCACCUUCAGCGCAAGCCUCCUAGAAGGAUCUGGGAACCUAUUGCUCACGGUGUAAAAAACAUUAGCCCUACUCCACCUGGAAACUCAAGGGCACACGACAAAAGGAGUACUGUCUUUACAGGUAGCCCAGAGGUAAAUCAGGCUACAGGUGCAUGUGGCCAGCUGCCUAGCAGUCCUAACUUCGAGGCACAUAGUGCAUGUUCUGUAAAUGAACUCACUUAUGAUAACGUAGCUGUCAACGAAACUGAAAACUUAAAAGAACCAAGCCAAGCAGACAAGGGUUCAGAAUCCUCCAGUUAUGCUCUUGAAAAGGAAAGUCUUCAGGAAAAUGAGGUGCGGAGUCACCCCAAGAGCCAAGAGAAACAGGCAGUAAUCUCGCCUGUUUCUGGAGAAAAUCAAACACGUUCUUGCACAGAGCAGGAAGGGCCUCUUUUUCCUGCGGAAUAUUAUGUGAGAAUAACACGACACAUGUCAAAAUGUCAGAGGGAAGUGGCCAUGGAGCCUGUCAUUCCAAGUCAUCUGGGUGCCAGGAAGAAAGGGUUGAAACGUAAGAAUAAGGACGCUGCUAACAACGUGAACCUUUCUGGUGAAGAAGCUAACCAAACUGAAAUUCAGGUAUCUGACACACACGCAGGGCCGCCAAGUUCAAGAAGCCCAUUUCAGAAACUUCUCUCAUUCCUUGAAGUCACCUCGCCCUCUGAGCCCCCUAAAAACGACUUUUUUUCUAAGAAGGCGGUCACGCAGCCGUCAGGUAGAAGACACAGAGAAAAGAGAAGGGCGGUGCUCACUGCUCUGUCACGUCACCAUGAGCCUGCUUCCGGCACAUCAGGUGUUCCCAGCGUGGAGGAAGGUGUGGCCAAACACAGAGAUCAGAGUGAAAAGGCGAGAAUACAUGAUUUCCAGUUACCUGAUGAAGAUUUUGGAGCACUUAAGCUUGAAAAACUGAAGUCCUGCUCCAAAAAGCCGAGGGAGCCUUUUGGAUCCAAAGGGUAUGGAGGGAGGCAUCUUAAGGAUUGGAGCUGUGUUUUUCAGAAGGAACUGAGCCCUCAACCAACUGGCCGAGAUGCGGAGGACUUGGAAGAGGAGCUGACGGUUCUGCCAGGAAAAGCACACCCCAGAAUGCCAGUGCUGAAGAGCCAGCCUCAGGGGAAGGGCCUUUCCUCAUCCAUGCUCCUUUUCACCCCUUCCGGCACCCUGGCGCCUGACGAUAACGACAGGCCGCCAGCAGAUGCGUGCUCGCCCGCCCUGCCCCUCGUGGGCACGACUCCAGCUCGGGGCUCCCAGCCUCACUGGGACAGAGCGUCUGCAGAGCUUGUCGCACGAGCGCGCUCUCCACCCCGGCUCUCUCCCUUCAAGGCCACAGUCAGUCUUGCUAGUGAUUGUAAGCCAUGCGACAGUCACGCCAGCCCACCAGAGUUAGAUGGCAGCCUGCACGUGUCAGGACAGAAAGGACUGCCUUCCUCUGACUGCGAUUCUGGUUCCCAAGCCAUCCCUCUGCUCACUGAGUCAUUCACUUUCAAAGAAAAUCAGCUCUGUGCAGACACGUGCCUGGAAUCGUGGCGACGCCCCACCGAACAGACUGGGGUAACAGAUGUUCCUGCGUGUGACGGCUUAAACCCAGGCGACCUGCGGUUGGUUUCAAAGUUACAGAACCCUUCAGGGUCUUGCUCCGUGGAUGUGAGUGCCCUGUGGUGGGAAAUCGCGGGGCUGAAGGAGCCGUGCGUUGUAACUGCUUGUGAGUAUGCAGUUUCCCUUUGGAGACCGCUGGACACUCGCCAGUGGGAAGAAGUGCAUUCCUGGCACUUCACUGAGGUUCCUGUGUUACAAAUAGUUUCCGUGCCUGACGUUCGUAACCUUGUGUGUGUGGCUUUGGGAGAUUUGGAGAUCCGAGAAAUCAGGGCGUUGCUUUGUUCCUCUGACGGUGGAGGUGAAAAGCAGGUGCUCCUCAGUUCUGGAAACAUCCAAGCCGUGCUUGGCCUGACAAAGAGGAGGCUAGUCCUUAGCAGUGGGACGCUUUGUGAUCAACAAAUAGAAAUCACGAUGUUUGCAGAAGAUGGAAGAAGCAAAGAAAAACAGUUGUUGAUGCCCCCUGAAGAGCCAGUGCUAAAUUUUGCUGAGGUUCAAGGGAUGCAGGAAGCUCUGCUUGGCACCACUGCGAGGAACAACAUCGUUAUCUGGAAUUUAAAAACCGGUCAGCUCCUGAAGAAGAUGCCCAUUGGUGAUUCCUGCCAAGCUUCCGUCUGUCACAAGGCCUACUCCGAAAUGGGGCUCCUGUUUGUUGUUCUGAGUCACCCUUGUGCCAAAGAGAGCGAGCCGUCAGGAAGCCCCGUGUUUCAGCUGCUUGCGAUGAACCCUAAGACGACCCUGAGCGCGGGCGUGAUGCUCUACUGUCUUCCUCACGGGCAGGCUGGAAGGUUCCUGGAAGGGGACGUGAAAGGUAAUUUUGCAGCCGCCGUACUGACUUCUGGAACGAUUGCCAUUUGGGACUUGCUUCUAGGUCACUGCGCUGUUCUCCUCCCCCCCAUCUCGGACCAAAACUGGUCCUUUGUUAAAUGGUCGGGAACUGAUUCUCAUUUGCUGGCUGGACAAAAAGAUGGGAAUAUAUUUGUAUAUUUAGUAAGUUAGGGUGAGGUGAAAACACAGUGUCUGCCUAUAUCUGGCCUCCUAGUGCUUCCUGGAGUUGUAACUGUAAAGGAGAAUAUCUGAAUGACAUUUAAAGUGAUUCCUUGUAUUCAUUCAGACUGACUUGAUUCUGACGGUGCUGGGACUACUGAUCUCUAAUGUUUAUUUACACUUCAGGGAAAAGGACUUUACAGUGAUUUUUAAAAUUCUUCUCACUGGCACAUUUGCGUUAGACAGUGUAUAUAAAAGCUUCAAAUGUUAAUAAAUAUUUAUUUUGAUACAUUC